AGCAGCGGUAGUAAGGAAAGCGCACAAGUGUCCUGUCGUGUUGUGUUACUGCCGCGUUCGCCUUUAAUAGCACAAGCACGCAACGGCGGCUGCUCAGUCGUCGAUGGCUCUUUCAAGCGAACUGUUCAUUCAUUGUGCUCACACACUGAGCCGAGGCUGAGACUCUUGAAUAGGCUCGCGCGCGCUUCACUUCGCUUCGCUUAUCAAAAGUUAGCCGAGCACAGAACACGCUCUGUGACUGUGUGCCGUCUGCUACGAGAGUGUGUGUGUGUGUGUGAGUGUUUGUAAGUGUGUUUUUGUGUGUGCCAGGAUGUUGGUAGUGAAACUCAAGUGAAAGUCAAAUCUAAAAUACAAAGCAAAUAAAUCACACGCCAAAAGAAACACCAGCGACAACAACGGCAACACCAACAACAUCAACAACAACAACAACCACAAAAACUGAAAACUCAACUUCGACGGUGCAAACAAAAAAAAAUAUAAAACUAAUCAAUCUCAGACAAAAAUGUCAAACUGAAAUGCAGCGAGAUUAAAUAUUGAAAUCAAACGCAAAGCCAUGAUUUGCAUGUGUUAGACAUAUUUACAAAUGUGCAUAUAUAUGUGAAAGUGGAUUAAAGCAUCGACAACGUAUAUUCAAUUCAAUAGCAACAGCAGGAACAACAAUAAAACAAGCUGCAAAAAUGUAUGGCUUUGUGAACUACGCCUUGGAGUUGCUGGUGCUCAAACAUUUUGGCGAGGAAAUAUGGGAGAAAAUAAAAAAAAAAGCCAUGGUCAGCAUGGAAGGACAAUUUCUGGUGCGGCAAAUUUACGAUGAUGAAAUAACAUACAAUCUAAUUGGAGCAGCUGUUGAGAUACUCAACAUACCGGCUGACGACAUACUGGAACUGUUUGGCAAGACAUUCUUUGAGUUCUGUCAGGAUUCGGGCUAUGAUAAAAUAUUACAAGUGUUGGGUGCAACGCCCCGUGACUUUCUGCAGAAUUUGGACGCCUUACACGACCAUCUGGGCACCCUGUAUCCUGGAAUGCGAGCACCCUCAUUUCGCUGCACCGAGAAAGAUGGCGAAUUGCUGCUGCAUUACUACUCGGAACGUCCUGGCCUGGAGCACAUUGUCAUCGGCAUAGUCAAGGCCGUUGCAUCGAAACUGCAUGGAGUCGAGGUGGAAAUCGACAUUGUGAAGCGCAAAGGAGAGCCCAUCGAUGAGGCUGAGAAGGAGCGUGCUUUGGCACGCGAACAACAGCAAUUGGACACAGACACGACAGUUGUGGGUUUGGAUGCUCCAGUUUUACCUUGUGCAUCUUCAUCCUCUGCCUCUGUCUCCGUCUCCGCCUCUGUAAAUUCUGAGCAGAACAAUAAUCACAAUGCGAGCAACAACAAUGGCAUCGGCAACAGCAAUAUUAACAACAACAACAACGAUGGUCAGCAGAUUGCCAGUGAGCUGGCUGAGCAAUCGCCUGCAACAUCGAAGGCCACACAACCAAGUGGACCGCUGGCACAGGACAGCUUUGACUGCGAUGGCGACAAGGAGCAGAAGUGCCUGCGUCUGUUGAAAAACAAAAGCGAUGACAUCGAGCGCUAUGACCAUGUGCAGUUUCUCAUACGUGAAAUCAAUGUGGCCGCCAAAUCCCAAGCGGAUGCCAAAAAGGAUGAACAAGCGGCGGCCAGCGAUGACAUGGAGUUUCUCUGCGAAGCGCCUCUCAUUUCGCCUGCCACAUUCUGUAAGGUGUUUCCCUUCCAUUUAAUGUUCGAUAGACAAAUGAAAGUCGUGCAGGCCGGCAAGGCCGUAUCCCGCGUAAUACCCAGAGUGGCCGAGGAGAACUGCUCACUGAUAGAGGUGGUGGAGGCCAUCAGACCACACCUGCAGCUCACAUUCGAGAACAUUCUGUCGCACAUAAACACCAUCUAUGUUCUACAGACGAGACAGGGCGCCAUGAGCAGCCGGCACGAGCAACGUUUUCUGAGACUGAAGGGCCAAAUGAUGUAUAUACCAGAAACCGAUCGCAUACUCUUUCAAUGCUAUCCCAGUGUCAUGAAUUUGGAUGAUCUAACCAAAAAGGGACUUUACAUCUCCGAUGUGCCGCUGCACGAUGCGGCCAGAGAUUUGGUGCUGCUGUCUGAGAAAUUCGAGGCGGAAUACAAGUUGACCAAGAAUCUGGAAAUGCUGACGGAUAAGCUGCAGCAAACGUUUCGCGAUCUGGAGAGUGAGAAGCAGAAAACAGACAGGUUGCUUUACUCAGUGCUGCCCAAGUCUGUGGCAAAUGAAUUACGACAUCAGCGUCCAGUUCCACCCAAACGCUACGACUCCGUAACGCUUAUGUUCUCGGGCAUUGUCGGGUUUGGACAAUAUUGUGCGGCCAACACGGACCCCGAGGGCGCCAUGAAAAUUGUUAAAAUGCUUAACGAGCUCUACACGGUCUUCGACGCCCUCACCGACUCCAAGCGUAACCUGAACGUUUACAAGGUGGAAACUGUUGGCGAUAAGUAUAUGGCUGUGUCCGGGCUGCCCGACCACUGUGAGGACCAUGCCAGAUGCAUGGCGAGAGUGGCGUUAGACAUGAUGGAUAUGGCCAAGAACGUCAAAAUGGGCUCCAAUCCCGUGCAAAUCACCAUCGGCAUCCACUCGGGCGAGGUGGUCACCGGCGUCAUUGGCAAUCGAGUGCCACGCUAUUGCCUCUUUGGCAACACUGUGAAUUUAACGAGUCGCACUGAGACCACCGGUGUGCCCGGUCGCAUCAACAUCAGCGAGGAGACCUAUCGCCUGCUGUGCCAAGAGAUCAACCAGGACGAUUCAUUUCAUUUGGAGUACCGCGGCCCAGUCAUUAUGAAAGGCAAGCCAACGCCCAUGGACUGCUGGUUCCUGACACGUGCCACCAGUGUUGCAACUGCCAGUGGCAAUGGUAGCCUCGACUCGCCGCUGUUGCAGCCUACAACGCCAACAACAACACCGCGCCUGGUCAUGGGACAUGCCAGCGUCUCACGUACCUCCUCUGCAAGCGGCGGCGCCGGCGGAGCAAGUGGAAGUGGUGGAGCAACUGCAGCCGCCGCAAAGGGUCCAUCCGCUCCCUUGGAUGCAUAAGAAGAACCGCGUGAGGAUUCAACUGGCUGCUGAGUGGAAAUAUACUGUAAUGGUUUGCCGCUCCUCGACUUCUUCAGCAGCCAUGUGACUGUCUAUUUAUCUGUGUGUGUGUGUGUGUGUGUGUGUAUGUCCUGACUGUCUGUUUGUCUGUGUGUAAGUUGGCCACUUAACCACUUCAUUGCUAUGACUUUGUAUUUGUCCUAUCUUGGCCUGCAUUUGUGCACUGUGUGUGUGUGUACAUCUGUGUGUGAUUGUUGCUGCUGCUGCUGCACAUUGAGGUUGGAGGUUGGAGGUCGGUGCAUGGAAGUUGGCAUCAGCAUCGUUGGAUCGUUGUGCAAGUAAUCAGAUAUGAAACAAAGGCAAAAGGAUUUCCCUUAAAGUGUAACUACUCGUAUGUUGUAUUUAGUAAUUAGAGCAAAAAAAAUAUGGAAUGAAUGAUGUGAAUGGUUUACCUGUAUAAUAUAACUGAGUUUAAUAAUUAUUCGUGAUGCUUUUCGAAUGUUUGUGAAUAUAACUAAAUGUGUUGAUAUUUAUUUUUCUACUUUGUGAUGGUUUCUUAGGCUGAACUUUUUGUGCUUUGUACUAUAGAUGUAAUUUACGUAGGCACUACACACAUAAUUCUAAUUAUACGACUAUAAUUGUACUCAUUAUACACUACACUAAAGAUUCUUUCCAAACAAACAAAAUUUACUCAUACGAACAAGAACUGUACAAAUAUCUAUGAGCAAACGAUGUAAGGCAAAUAUUCUAAUCCACAAAAGUUAAUUAAGCAGAAAUCGUAAACUAUACCUAAGUAUACCACAAAAUUGGCACCAAACAAAACAACAACAACAACAAGUAGCCAAUAAAUACAUGAUUGAGAAUGUAGAGAAGUUAGAAGGAGGUUGAACUACCUCUGGCUAAUUGCAGAUAAGUUUCGCACAACUAACUAAUAUACAGGGCAAUUGACCACAACAACAAGAACAACAACCAAAAGCAUAUGUAGCAAACUCAACUGCACCAAGAACUACACUCAAACAAAGUAAAUAAUAAUAACCAAAGAUAACCAAAUAAUCAGAUAAUUAUCAAAUAUAUGUAUGAACUAAAGCAACAGCAUUCGUAACUCAACUAAGUACUAUGAUAAGAAAAACCAAAGUUCAUCCAAAAACAAAGACAACAUAAUAAUAUGUGUAUUCGCUUGUGAAAUUUAAUGUACAUCUAUUCGAACUAUCGGCAAUAUAUACGUACGUAUGUAUGUAAGUGUUAUGAAGACAAAUCUCUAUGAGUACUAUACUUAAACUGAAAAUAGCUUUAUAGUUCUUAAGCCAUCACAUUUCGAAGAAGAUAAAUCCCAAAAGCAUUAUAACCACAUAAUAUCAACUGUAUUAUUUAACGGAUAAAUAAGUUACGAAUACGAAUACGAUGAUAACUGCAAUCUAUUAGAUACCUAACUUAACUGUUCAGCUGAAAGUUCUUGUAAGUCACUUGUACUAUGUGUUUUAGCUUAAGAUGCAAAUAAAGUAAAUUAAAAUGCAUUGUUGGAUAGCAAAUCAGUUGAAAGUGUUAAUAGAGUCGGGAGAUGAUUGAGAGUUCAUAAUAAUGUAUUGUAACAUAAAUUACAAAAAGUUAAGCUGAAAUUGCAUUCUACUCUUUCACUCCUUCGCCCUCUCUUUCUAUCUGUCCUGCUCUAUGUAAACGUGUAAAUGUUAAAUAUGUUAAAUCUACGAUAAAUAUAAAUAUAUAAAAACAUACAUGUAACCUAAAAGUAUAAAUAAAUAAAAUAUCUUAUUGA